AUGUUGGCCACACUCAUUAUUUUCCUUUUUCUCGCUGUUGAUACACAACAUGUUCUCGCCUCCGCUACAAGCAGACACGGCCGCCACCCAGAAUUGCACCACCUUGGACGCCGCAAUGGCUCCUUCACUGGGAACCUCACUCUCUCCUCGGCCAGGGAGCUCCUCUCCAAGGGGCAAGCGGCAAUGGCCCGCGCCAACUCGGAGAUCCUGAGGAACCCACGCCCCAACAACUACAACGUCCUGAACUCCACGGAGCUGGGCCAAACCCUGACACCACCUCCUGCCCUCGACUACAGCAACAGCACCACCUCGGUGCUCAGCCGUAGGCGGAUAGGUGUAGGUAAUAGCACUACUCGCAGCAACUCGAGCACUGCGAGGUACUCGGUCCCGCCUGAGCUCUUAGAAGCUGCCCGCAUUGUCGCGGAAGCUGGCCCCCCACCAGAGGAUGAUACCAACUACGCGUCGAUCGUUGCGAGUCUGAAGUCUCGGUUCAAGCCCGCUAGCAACGAUACAGUUGCCAUGCCCCCGAUUCUGAAACAUGCUUCCGGGCUGCUGGAAAUUGUCACGGACCCGCCCUCGGCCUUCCGGUACGGUUCCAACUCGUCUGACGGAGACCCUGUGUCGCUGCCUCGGCCGGCCCAGAAGCGAGGUGCGGAAGACUGGUGGAUGGCCAAGAUCGAGCACCGAGGCAAAAACCCAUUUGCCCCCGCUGGAUAUCAGGUUUGGAGGAACGUGAAAGACUUCGGAAAUGGAAUUGCUGAUGACACUGCUGCAAUCAACCUGGCUAUUUCCAGCGGCGGGAGAUGUGGUGAGAACUGUGGCGGAAGCACCGUCUACCCAGCGACAGUCUACUUUCCUCCAGGGACAUACCGGGUGAGCAGCUCCAUCAUACAGUACUUCAACACGGAGCUGCUUGGGAAUCCCUUGGACGUUCCAAAAAUUGUCGCCGCGCCCAGUUUUGUUGGCCUGGGAGUCAUUACUUCCAACAUAUACACCGGAGCACAAUCCGAAUGGUAUUUGAAUACGAACAACUUCCUGCGCAGCAUCCGCAACUUCAUCAUCGACGUCCGUCAAACACCGCAAGAUGGCCAAGUUUGCGGUAUCCAUUGGCAGGUUGCUCAAGGAACCUCUCUGGAAAACAUUCGGUUCUACAUGACCGACCCAAGCGUAGACCCGACGACUACGCAGCAGGGAAUUUAUAUGGAAAACGGGAGCGGCGGUUUCCUCUCUGAUCUCUACUUUGUGGGGGGCAAAUUCGGUGCAUAUAUGGGCAACCAACAGUUCACUGCGAGUGGGCUGUACUUCAGCAACUGCCAGACGGCGUUGCAAAUCCACUGGGACUGGGGCUGGACCAUUCAAAACGUGGGCAUUGAAGAUUGCGACACAGGGGUCAUCAUUGUUGGGGGCGCUGGCGGGCCCUUCAGUACCGGCCAGGGUGUGGGCUCUCUCAUCCUCACCGAUGUGAUUAUGACCGACACCAAUGUUGGCAUCUCCACGUCCUUGUUUGCCGACAAUUCCACGGCUUUCUUGCUCUCCAACUCCCGUUUUACCCAUGUCAACCCUAUUGUUCGUGACGCCGAGAAGAACACGGUGCUCCUCGCAGGCGGCAGCGGCACAGUCGUGGUCGAUGCAUGGGGAUUUGGCAAAGUGAGCAGCCCUGCAGGUGACGUCGCCUUUGUGAACGGAGCCACCAUCGCAAGUCCUACUCGCAAUCUAUAUUUGACCAACAGCGCUACCACUGGAGGUACCCAGCCGCAGUUCUUCACGAGACGACGGCCAAGCUACUCCAACAUUGGUUUUAGCCAGCUUAUUGACGCGAAAGCGUACGGUGCCAAAGGCGAUGGAGUCGCUGACGAUACGGCGAUCCUCAACCACCUUUUUAGUGCGGCCGCAAACAUGUCCGCCAUUGUGUAUAUCCCCUUUGGUGUGUAUAUCAUCAAGGAUACUGUCACCAUCCCGGUGGGCUCGCGCGUGAUUGGACAGGCUUGGCCGCAAAUCAUGGCAACGGGGCCCAAGUUUGGCAACAUGAACAAUCCCCGUGUGGCUGUUAGAGUUGCCGAGAAAGGCCAGGCCGGCGUGGUUGAGAUACAGAGCCUGAUGUUCACUGUCAGGGGCCCGACUGCUGGGGCUGUCCUGGUCGAGUGGAACGUCCACGAAUCUUUCCAAGGAUCUGCCGGACUUUGGGAUUCCCACUUCCGAGUUGGUGGAGCAGCAGGCACCGACCUUCAGCUGGCUGACUGUCCAAAGCUCUCAGGCAGCAUCAAUCCGAAUUGCAUCGCCGCCUCGUUGAUGCUCCACCUUACUCCCACGUCGUCGGCCUACCUUGAAAAUGUCUGGGUCUGGUCUGCAGACCAUGAUAUCGACCAGAAUGAUCAAGACCAAAUUGACAUCUACUCGGCGCGAGGAGUGUUGAUCGAAAGCAAGGGCCCGACCUGGCUUUGGGGUACUUCGGUGGAACACUGCGUCUUAUACCAGUACCAACUCUCUGGUGCGAAGAACGUGGUGCUCGGCCUGAUCCAGACCGAGUCGCCCUACUUCCAAACCGUCCCGGCAGCCCCAGCGCCGUUCACCCUGGGCGCGUUCCCGGAUGAUCCGACUUUUGACCACUGCACGCCUGGUUCGGGUCGCUGUGCCAUGUCCUGGGGCGUGAGGAUCCUCGAUUCGUCAGCGGUCUACAUUCUCAGCACUGGACUGUACACGUGGUUCCAGGCCUACGACCGAACCUGCAUGGAUACCGGCGCAAACGACUGCCAGGACAAGGUCUUCUACACCGAGCAGAGUUCAGAUAUUUGGAUCUACAACCUAGUGACGAUCGGCAAUAUCGAGAUGAUCAGUCCACUGAACGGGGCUCCCACCUUGGCGGUCAACAACCGUAACGGGUUUGCCUCGUCAAUCCUCGCGUGGCUGGGCGGAGGAGAUCAAGUCACGGGUGAGCGGGAGUUUGAGGGCUUCAGGGUCUAUGGACAGGGGGCUCUGGACCGUUCGGAUUUCACCGGGACUUGCAAGACUGCCCUUUCCGCGCUCGUGAAGUGCGACGACCUGGCCAGAACUUUCCGAACGCCAAGCUACCAUGGUGUUCUCCCCAACACCGACAUCUCAGACUCGGUGUGUGAUCCUGGGUGUGCGAGGUCUUUGCAGAACUGGAUGACGGCUGUGGAAGCGCUGUGUGACGGGCAGCUGUGGGAAAACGGCGCCCCGGCCGAGAUUAUUGGCGGCUACAUCCAGUAUGGCGUUCAAGAAACAUGCCAGAAGCAGCAAGGAACGGAUCAAUAUUGCAACGAUGUCAUUGUUGCCUUCAGUGACUCGGACGACAUCGUCAGCAUGCCCACAGCCGAGCUUUGCUCAGACUGCUAUCUUGGGCGGCUGAAGAUGAUGCAGGCCAGUCCGUACUCGAUAUUCUCAUCCUACCCCUUUUUCCAAGACACCUUGGACCAGGCCAUCACCCGAUGUGCCCUCGCGAAUCAGCCAACAAACACACAUCCGCCGCUUGUGCCUCCCACGCCGACGCCGACACCGUUUUGUCUCUCUGAUGUUGAGUAUGUCACGGCGGCGGGGGAUACCUGCGACUCCAUCGCCCUCGCACACAGCGUGUCGUCGGCGUCCAUCUUCAUUGGAAACCCUCAGAUCGGAGACUGCAGCAGCGUUGUGCCCGGUCAGACAAUUUGUCUCCCGCUCCAGUGCAGCACUUACACGCUGCUGCCUGGGGAUGACUGCCUUUCGAUAACCGUAGACACGGACGUCCGACACGACGAUAUUCUGCGGUUUAACCCCUGGAUCGACAUGGCCUGCACGAACAUCGAGGCCGCAUGUCUCAUGUACGGGAAUAUCCUGUGCAUCUCCGCACCAGGCGGCGACUUCGCCCACGAGGUGACCAGCGAAGACUCAGACCCCGCAUACCGAGAAUAUGCCCCGGAGAUUGUAACACCCCCCGAUGGUGCCACGGUCGCCACAGGAACGACGUUGAACUGCGGGCGUUGGUACACGGCGCUUGCAGGCGACGACUGCGCCAUCAUCACGAUCCAGAACCAUAUCAGCCUCCGGCUGUUCGCUCUAAUCAAUCCAUCCAUUGUGGAAGGUGUGUGUGCAGAGAGUAUUGUGGCAGGCACCACGUAUUGCGUCGGACCGAUUUUCUACUGGGACCGGGAUUUAGGUUUGGGCAUAGGCACACCCUACGAGUCUGUCGGGUGCUACUCGAGCAAGGUGGCCGGAAAGACUGCCCUGAUGGGAGACUGGUUCACCCACGAGACGAAGACCUCGGUGGUGUUAUGCAAGGCAUACUGUCAGUAUUGGGGUCUGAAUUUCUUCGGCAUCACCAAUGGAAUGACCUGCUACUGUGAUCGCGGGAUUGCCAUGGACGCCGAGAAGGUUGACGAUGCGCUGUGCACACUGGACUGCGUUGGAGGCGGAGAUGGAAAAUGUGGCAGUCCGACGCUGAUGAGCGUAUACACCACCGAGGGGGAAAUCAUCGUCAAGGCCGAGAACGUGGGCUGCUACGUGGACGACGGAACCACGCGCCCACUGGGAGACACGAGCUUCACUGACGCCGCCAUGACGAUCAAUAAGUGUGGGGCGAUUUGCCAUACCACGUAUGACUUCUUCGGUCUGGAGAAUGGCGACGAGUGCUGGUGCGGCAAUGCGAUUGCCAGUUCCGCGACUGCGGUCAGCUCGGCCGAGUGCGGCACCCCUUGCGCCGGACAGGAGGAGAAGGAGUGCGGCGGAGCUGGCCGGAUCGACAUAUACACGACGAUAUCACCCGAUGACGGUGACGGCGGUGGUACGGAUCCGGGAGACGGCGACGGCGACGGCGACGGCGACGGCGACGGCAACGUAUCUGGAGACAGCAUGACAGCCGAAUUCUGCGCUGCCUACUGCCUGACCACCCAGGGGCAGACCAUGUUCGGCGUCGAGUACGGCGCCGAGUGCUGGUGCGGGUCCCGGCUGGAACUCGGCUCCGUCGCCGUCCCCGAAUCCGACUGCGACGUGCCCUGCUCCGGCGAUCCGACCAAGAACUGCGGCGCCGGCAACCGCCUCGGCAUCUACGGCCUCGAUCCUAGCCCGCCCCUUGCCUACAAGUACUACGGGUGUUACUCCCAGGGCAGUGCGGGCCACGCCGUCGACGUCGCAACCUCCGACGCCACAGACACCAUGACCAUAGGCGAAUGCGCGGCCUUCUGUCUCCAGGCACAAGGCGGGGGCGAGAGCGUGGUAGCCUCCUACUUCUCCGUCGAGAACGGCCACGAAUGCUACUGCGGCGCCGGCCUCGACGCCGGAGCCGUGCCUGCGCCCGCGAGUAGUAGCUGCGACUUGCCGUGCGUGGGGCUCGCGUCGGAUAUGUGUGGUGGCGCUGCCUUUGGUGGAGUCUUCGGUAACACAGUUAAUCCUCCGCCGACGUCGGCCACGGGAUAUGAGUAUCAGGGGUGCUUUACGGAGGCGACUGAGGAUAGGGCGUUGCACUCUGGUAGGUUGCGCCGCCCCAUUCUUACUUUGUUGGGAAUCACUUGUGCCCAUGCUAACACCCUCUGUGCAAAACAGCAACUACCGCCGAUAAUGCCAUGACGGUCGACGUCUGUGCCCAGUUCUGCCUGGCUGCUGGGUACAGUAUGUUCGGCAUUGAGUACAGCCGCGAGUGCUUUUGUGGUGCGGAGCUGCAGCUCGGUUCGGUGUCGGCCCCCGAGGAAGACUGCAACAUGCCCUGUGGUGGAGAUGCGAC